GAACAGAAUACACCUUACCUACUCCGCCCUCAUCCACGCGCGCUCUGAGUCUGCCUCCCCCUCCCCUCCCCCGACCACAACACCGCCAGUCACCACCACCGCUAUCAUAACCACCACCACCACCACCACUCCCACCACCGCCGGAGCUUCGUGGCAGACCGGCGGCAGCGCGAGAGCACGACCGUCGCGAGAGGGAACCCGCUUGGCGUCUGGAUCCGCGUAGCGUUGCUGCAGGGCCGAUCGCUCACCACCACCCAGUAGUCUGCACCAGAACGGAGACUGCGAGAGCUUGAAUCCACCAGCCCGCUCCAUCACUUUGGCUGUGCGCCGGGCCUUCCUUCCUCCCAGACCUCCUUGACCACACCACUACUUCUGCUACUGCUACCCUGUCGACCUUGAUCUUUCCCGCUCUCCUCCCGUCCACUUCAACCCCCAAUAUGUCCACCGCCGUGGCAGCAGCGCCGACAGCUACCCUCUCACCCUCGGUCGAAAGAGUGUCUCCUCGCCACUUUGCCGCUAUUGCUCCCUCCAGCAACACGAGCCAUCCGUCGGCAUCAGCCGCUGAACCCGCCGCGAAACGAGCACGAAGCAAUGGCGCGUCACCGGAGACUACUGUGAGAAUAGAGGCAGGCAAGAGCUCGCCGAACGGCAUUCGCAACGGCGUACCGCCCAUGAUCAAGGUGAAGAAAGAGCCGGGCUCGCCAGCUCUGGCAUCCUCGAGACCACGGCCGAAACGACUCGACCUCUCCUCAAGCAUGGCUGCAAGCCGCGGUCCGCACACUGCACGACCCUCGGCGCCAUUGACUGGACAAUCAUCUGGUCUUCACAUUCACGAUGUUGGCCUCGCGUGCCUGUCGCCGGGUUUCGCAACGCACGAUCCGGCGUUACGAGAACAACUACAGCGUAGUAUGGACGUUCGAGACCAGCAGAGGCAGAUCAUUGAAGCGAGACAGAAGGGAGGGAAGCCAGGUAGCUCGGGGGAACACGAUGGACCACGAACGCAGGACACAACCCUGUUUGGCGUGCAAACCGGGACGAGGACGCCCAUCACGUCGCGAAGGAAAGGACCACCGCCUGGUCUCUCAAUCGCAGCUCCUUCUGCAGCUCAAUUCGCCCACGAUCGUGUCAUACAAUCAGCGCCUCUCCACCAGACGUUUACUGGUCUCAGACCGGGAGAAUACCCCUCGAGCCGUCACGCACAACAUGGACCAAGUGGCUUGAGCCAGACGAGCCAUAUUCACCACGUGCCCGCGACGCAAACAAAUAACAGGCUUCCUCCCAUCUCGGACGUAUUUGCUAACGACCGAUUCGAGGGCCGACGUCAGCACAACAACUCUCCUGGGCACUCAUCCCAUUCCAAUGUGCAACCGCCAAUGCCGUCACCGGGAUUCGCCCCUGCCCACCAGCAGCACCCUCCCCUCAGUGCUCGCGAACGAUUUAGGUCCGCUGAAGAAGCUGUACAAGGACUUUCUGGAGGACGGGAUGAGCUGUUGCCAAAGGUUGUGCAUUACGGUGGUGUCCAACCACCGACGCCUCCAUCACCGAUGCAUCAUGGCGGGAACCACACCGGAGCAGGAGUACAGGAUACCGGGCAUCACGAUCGUGCAACGCGACCAGACGUCUUGGCACGGACACAGUCAAUGAAUGGCAGGCGACGGGGACGAGACGAAUACGAGGCUGACAAUGGCAGCCCGCCAUCCACCUUUAACCGCUCGGAGGCCAAACGAACAACGUUUGCGUCGCGGGGCCGUCCCGGAGAGGAAGAAGAAGACUGGAAAGUGACCAUGAGCAGUGCAGAGAAGCGAGCUGAAUUUAUCAGGCUCUGCGAGCGAGCCUGGGACUUGUUUCACUCAUGAACUUCACGGCAUCAAACACGUUUAUAUCAUUAGCACAUGACUCAUGGCUAUCAUAUCAUCAUAAUCGAAAAUACGAAGCUCGACCAUUAUUCCGCCCUCUGGAGGGAUGCCUUACAUAUGCGACACUCGCCAGCGGUGGCUGCAGAUGCCUCUCUACGAGCAGAGGCAAGAGGGUGUCAGCAUGGCGUCUUGCGGGCUUUAGACCACUACAGCAUGGAUGGUGUUCGGACUGAUGGCUCCUUACAAUUACUACAUAUUGAUUGAGUCUAGUGGCAGGCUCGGAUUUGAGCUUCUAUAAGUAGCUUGAGACGAGACUCGGCGAUUUAAUGGCGUAGAAAUGAGACCUCACAUUAUCCGCAUUUGCAUGAAUCAAAGCGAAGAAAGCAAUUUAUCUGCUCACGCUCCUUUUUCAUGUUGGACAGUGAUUAAAUGUUUCACAGGCCCAGAAAUUCCGCGCGAAAAAGAGCGAAAGACCUUGGUAGGAUUGCAAUUCCUUCCUAUCAUGGUCUUGCCUUCUUCUGGCUCGAGCAAAUUGUCGAUUCUCGGAGCAGGCCCCGAGCCUUGCGCGAGAUUGACGAUGGGAAGGGACAAACAUCCAUGUUCCGGUAGCCGUCAUACCAGGUACAGAUGGGUAUCUAGUCUCCAAGUAAACUAAUUUUUUUCAAGCCAUGCGUUUGAUUCAUAGUGCGAUGCCAAAUUCUGCUGCUCACGUGCAUCAUCGUCACCCCAAUCUGUCGUUUUUUCUUGUUCGUUCGCUGCCUUCUUUCAACAGAUAUCGGCUAUCCAGUGAAUGGGUGGUCUGAGAAGCUUUCUUCGAGGACCUAAAGGUCGCUUUGAGCCAGCCCUUGUUACAAGGCACUGGGCAUGUACGCUAUCGGCUUGUACCGUACCGUGAGGGCUCGUGAAGUGCGAUGUCAGUAUAGACAGACCUCUCUUUGGAGUGAAAGAGAAGCUUCGUGACGACGCCUUGCAGAGGCAGUCACCUCCACUACCAUGUGGUGUAGGGAGGGCCGUCCUCAGCUGAGGUUGGUUUGGAAUCCUUCCUCCUUGGUCACUCAACCAGAUGCCAUUCGUCUUGCAUCGGGCAUUCUCUUCUUCUCCUUCUGGCUCUCCUUCUUCUGCCGCUUGUCAAUCAACUUCUGGCGCUCCUUGCUCUUCAUGCCCUUGAAUUUCUCCACGAGAGCUUGCUCUUUAAUCUCCUUCUUCUUGAGAUAGUACGGUGUCUUGCCUUCCUCCACCCUGGCCUUCUCCUCUUUCCGAUGCCGCCGCACCACCUCCUGUUCGCGCUCUUUUGCGGCUUUGGCCUUUAGUCGAUUCUCCAUGCUAUUGACUUUGCGCCUCAGAAUCUGCUUGUCGUCCUCAUCUUUCGUCCGCUUGAUCUCGGCCUUCAACUCUUUGAUUUCGUCCCUCUGGUAGUCGUCGAGAAAGCUAUAUGCUUUGUCCGUGUUGCUCGGUUCCGCGUGUUGGUGGAAGGCAUCAAAGCGGGGAUCUCGCACGUUUCUCUUGGGCACAUCAACCACCUGCCGCUUUCGAGAGACCUGGUACUUGGUGGACUGCGCAGUUGGAGCAUGCUUAGAUGUCCGCGACUUAUUCGGUACGUCCUCUUCAGACGGACCAGAAUCCGAGUCUGAGUCGUCGCUAUCAUCACCGUCAUCGUCGCCGUCGCGAGCAAUCGAUUUGGCAUUUUUCGUUCUGCCUGACACUUUCUUUUCCUUAGAUGGCUUUUCCGUCUUCUGCGCUUUGAUUUGUCGUAGUCGGUCUCUCAGCGCCGCCAGCUUAUCGUCUUGGUCCAGGUGCGCAUCUGAUGUCCGUUUGCGCUUCUUUGACACGGCAUCUUGGGCCUGCUGCAAAGCGCCAAAGGACACAUGCCUGAUCUGCAGCUCGGCCUCUCCGCUGUGAAAUUCUUCUCCCGGAGCCUUCACCUCGACCUCGUCUCCAGUCUCGUCCUCAGUCUCGUCCUCAACCUCGUCCUCAUCCAUGAUCUCGUCCUCGUCGACAUCAUCAUGUCGAACAUCCUGCAGUUUCCGC